AUGUCGAACACUAUAUCCGAGAACGAGACAUUGUCUUCAUCGUCUGCGGUCCAGAUAUCCGAUGAACCUAAUGAAAUGAAUCCGGAAAAUGGUGGUCAGUUAGAAACAGUCUCGACUAGUCAAAAUGUAUCGUCUACGACUAUGAAACGACUUUACGGUUCGUUGCCUAAUUCAACGUUGACGGCUUUAACAACUGCAGCGGCUUUAACAACUGAUGGUGACACGGCCGCGAUCCUGCAGGCACCGACUGCCGUUACGGUAAUUGAACCAAUUACACUUGGCCCGACGCCGAUAAAAUUGGAAAACAACGCCGGACUACGAAAUCACGAACUUUCAAAUAUUAAUACAUCCGAAAACGAGAUUUUGUCUUCAUCUCCUGCGGUCCCGACAACCGAUGAACCAACAUCAAUGACACCGGAAAAUGAUAACGAGAUCGACACGGCCGCAAUCCUGCAGGAACCGACCGCCGUUAAUGUACAGCCGGUUUCUAUUGAACCCAUUGCAAUUGGCCCGACACCGAUUAAAUUGGAAAACAACGCCGGACUACGAAAUCAAGAACUCCCGACCGCGGAAGUCUCCUCUGAUCAGUCUGCAACAGUAUCAUACCGUGAUGGAUCGGGAGAACCGGACUUAAAGAGCCGAGAUCUCGCCGGUCUACAGAAAAAAUUGUGGCAUUCAAUGCCGAAUAUAGCAUUGCAUUACACAGAUAAGACGUCUUACGACACCAAAAUCGAGUGUACUGCUCCGAUGAAAGUUUCACACGACUCGUCAACUCGUAGCAGUAUGACUGUGACAGAACCAGAGGUAACCCAGGUUAAACUUAAACGAUGCUCGUUGUGGAAGCGGGCGAAGAAAUUCGCCCGUCGCGUAUUUUGUUGCGCUGCAUGAUAUGGUCUGCAGUACAUAGUAUAAAAAUUAAUAAACUGUAUAUUUUACAGUGUUCAAACAUGUAAGUUAUCUUAUAAAAUGUUAAAUACCUACUUGUACAGUUGUACUUGAUUUAAAUAAUUUUGUGAAUCAAAUUUUAUUAUGAAACUUAUUCGACUAUGACAAUAUAGUCAUAUUAUAUUACAAUGUUCAAAUUUUUAAAUUAUUUUAUAAAAUGUUAUAUUCUUGUACAGUUGUACUUAUUUAUUCUUAAAUCAAUUAAUUUAAAUAAUUUUGUGAAUCAAAUUUUAUUAUGAAAC